UAGCUAACUGCCAAGAUAAUCUUUCAGGAAAUGUGCCGCUCCAUGACGGGGGCACACAAAAACAUACAAAGAGAGAAAUUACAGGGUAAAAGGUUGGAGCACCGGUAUUUCAAAAGAGGACAGAACACUGCUGUCCAUCCUGGGCUCCCUCAGGUAUGCAGCUGCACCACCACUGAACAUACAGGAUGUUUCACUGGGUGGUGAAGGUGGUUCCUCAGCCCCCUGACGCCCCUGGUUCUCUGGGAGAGGAGACGGCCAAUCCCGCACCAAGAAACGUGUCUAAAGAUGAAGUGAAAAAAGUCAAGGCACAACCAGCCAAACAGAAGGAAGAUGAUAUUUCUGAGGACAACAGUAUUCAGAGUGGAGUGAUGACCUGGCUCUCCAAUGGAUUCACAAGUGCUCUUCCUCAACCAGCAGGCACACCUAACCUCAGCAGAUCCAACUCUGUAUCCAGGUCACUGCAGGAGGAUGAAAGGAAUGGGGUGAUUAAGUGGAUUGCAGAUGGACUGAGUAAAGUGGUACCCCAGCCAGAUGAAAAGUACAGAGAGGAUAUUCGAGAGGAGGAGGAUGAAACAGAGGAGUAUAUCGCAGAGCCAUGUGUUUAUAACAUGAAAGAUGUGCCGGAUGCAGAGCCCCUCCCACAUAUACCUGUGGUGGAGAUGUUUUCAGAAUAUGAGGAAGAGGAUCAGAUACCACAGUUCCCCCCCAAUGUGGUUAACUGGAUUAAGAAUGCUAUUCCUCAGCCUGUGAUGCUCCCUGCAGGCUACAUAGAGGCCCUAAGUAAGGCCCAACAGGCCCAGGUUCUCUCACCAUCUCCGGAGUCCCUCAAAGGAGAUGAGGACUCACAGAACUCAAAUGUCGUGGGCUGGUUCGUGACGGGCCUCGGCCUCAAGAUGCCACAGCCUGUCACGAGAUCCAGAGAUGAUGUUGAAGUUAUGCCGAAUGGGGGGGUGGGAGUGCUGAGAUCCCCUUAAACAAAAGGAGAAAGAAGACUGAGGAACCGUGAGAGAGACUGAGACUGAGAGCAAAGAGAUAGAGGCAGAAAAACAGACUUACCGACAUAGAUGAUUGUCGACAUUUAUACAGCUCCACUGAGCAACCUGGCAGCUGUGAGACAUCGCUUAAAAAAUAUGUUUAAUUUACCUUACUCUUUAUGGAAUGCAGAUAUUUUUGUUUGAUUUUAAUUGUGUAUAGUCAAUGUAUUAAAAUGAACUGUUUGUCA